AAAAAAAAAAAGAUGGCUAAAAUAGCUUUGUUUUUUUCAGUCUACAGUUGAUUGUGGAGGAGGCUGUUUUGUGCAUUACCUAGGCAACUAAAAAUGAACUAAAUAAAUCCUAAUGGGAGGGGGCAUCAUAAGAACACUUAGAAAAAUCACUGAUAACCCAAAUUUUGAUACUGCUUAGCUUUUGGAUACUUGUGCUUUGUAACAUUAAAAAUAACUUUAUUAUCACUGAAAGUGCCUCCAUAGAAACUCAAAGCUGCCCAAUAGUUUCUAUAGACAAGCUAAACUGAGAUGGGAGAGGUGGGGUUUGUUGCUACAACAAACCUUCACCAGAGUCAGCUUGGCAGUCAUGUUACUGAAGUGUUUGUCUAACCAGGAUCUAUUCUUUAAACAGUUUGUGAUCUACAGCCCUGUUAGCACAGGACUUUUUUGUUAAUCAUGUGAAACAUAUUUUGUCCUCUGCCAUGUUGACACUCUCUGUAGCCAACAACCGUUUGGUGCGAAUGAUGGGUGUAGCAAAACUGACUAAGCUCCGGGUGCUCAACUUGCCUCAUAAUAGCAUUGGGUAUGUGGAAGGGCUGAAGGAUUUGGUGCACCUGGAAUGGCUAAACUUGGCAGGAAAUAACCUUAAGGUCAUUGAACAAAUCAAUUCCUGUCUGUCUCUUCAGCAUCUUGAUCUAUCAGACAAUAACAUAGCUCAAUUAGGUGAUCUCUCCAAGCUUACAUCGCUGAAGACUCUGUUGCUACAUGGAAAUAUUAUAACUUCACUUCGCACUGCCCCUGUCUGCCUGCCUCAGAGUUUGACUGUUUUUUCUUUGGCAGAAAAUGAAAUCAGAGACUUAAAUGAGGUUUCUUUCCUGAGUUCUCUUCGUCAGUUGGAACAGCUGUCGAUUAUGAACAAUCCUUGUGUGAUGGCCACACCUUCUGUCCCUGGCUUUGACUACAGGCCAUAUAUUGUCAGCUGGUGUCUGAACCUUAAAGUUCUUGAUGGAUAUGUGAUUUCUCAGAAGGAAAGUUUGAAAGCAGAAUGGCUCUACAGUCAAGGUAAAGGAAGAUCAUAUCGACCUGGGCAGCAUGUUCAGCUCGUCCAGUAUUUGGCUACUGUUUGUCCUCUCAUAUCUGCGUACGGACUCCAGACUGAAGAGGAUGCCAAACUGGAAAAAAUACUGAGUAAGCAAAGACUCCACCAGAGGCAGUUGAUGCAUCAAAACCAAAAUGAGAGACCACCUACCUCUGCUCCCAGCAAAACAGUGCCAGUUGCUCAUGAACAGAGCAGUCCAGCUCAACCACCACAGAUGGUUCUUGAAAGUGAACCUGUCAUCCAGAAGAAUUCUUGGGUUGGACCAAGUGCAAACAAUGACCAUUCCUAUGCAGCAAAGAACACUUGUCCUCUUGAAAGAAGCUUUCACAAGGAUCUAUACCUUGAAGAUGUACAGACAGAUGAAGACAAACUAAACAGCAGCCUUUUGUCCUCAGAGUCUACUUUCAUGCCAGUUACUUCAGGAUUGUCUCCAGUGUCUCCCGCUUUGGACCUGAAGCUACAUGGAAUCAGUUUGGGCCUAGAAGAUGAUGAUGAUACAGUGAUUGAAUGUGUGAGAGAUGUUAAUAGUAGAGAAACAACUAACAAGCAAGAAGCUUCAUGUGUUACAAGAGAGCACACAAACAGGGCAGUAGGAAGUGUGGAAAUGCAAGAAAAUGUCAAAGAGAUUGUGGUGUUGCCUUCUCCUGACCCAGGAGCAGCUGGACUGGCUGCUAACACCAGCAGCUGCUCAGUGUCCUCUGAAGAUCAUGUUCUUCAUAGUCACCCCAGCACCUCGUUAGGUGCUAAAUCAGGAGUAAAAACUCUCUGCCCUGACCAGAUGACAGGAGAAACUUCUGAUUCAUUAGCUGUUGUUAACCAAGGUGCAGCUGAACUGCAAAGGAUGACCAAAGCAGCUACCAAGCUUCAAGCUUGCUGGAGAGGAUUUUACACGAGGAACUACCACCCUCGAGCCAAGGAAGUGCGAAAUGAAAUUCGACUACACAGAAUGCAGGAGCACAUAAUUUGCUUAACUCAUGAAAUAGAAAAACUAAGAAAAGAAAGAGAGGAAGACAAGAUGCAAAGGCUUGUACAGGAGGAAGCUGUCAGAUUUCUUUGGAACCAGGUUAAAUCCCUUCAACAAUGGCAGCUUUCAGUGAUGCAAAAUUUAGGUGCUACUGGGACCCCUUCAGCUAGUAUUUUAUGCUCAUCCAAACCACCUAUUCAGUCAUCCACACUUGAGCAAGAAGCCCCACCAAAUGUUAAUUCUGCUUUGUUAGUUUCAGCUAGUGAUGAUCUUCAGGAAAAAUCUUUGUUGCAAUUCCCAGAUUCUGGUUUUCAUUCUUCUGCAGCUGACCAGACUCACGCCAGUGAUCUGUGUAGCUCUGAAAAGAGCUUUGCUGAAGGAACAGAGAGCUCUCUUUCAAUGGAAACUGUCAAACAGUGUGGCACUUCUGUUUCAGCAUAUUCCUCAGAUGCAGAGGAUGGCCAUGGGGAAUGUGGGCAAAGUAAAGAGAGCUCUAGUAAUGAGCAGGACAACGGACUAAUACAACAGUAUUUGAAAUCUGUUCAGCAGCUGGAAGAGGCUGAUGAAGUGACAGAUUGCAAUGAGGAAAUGGAGGGCAGCUGUCCACAAAUCGCUAUUUCAGCAGAAAGCCAAGAUUCUUCAUUGGACGCUGUCUCUCUAGAUCUCCCUCAAGAUACAUCUUCCCCUAUUCAAGGUGAAAUCAGUCAGACACCAGAAAGCUACAAACUGGAUUCAGAAAUGGUAGAAGGGAAGCAAACGGACUGUGAUUCUUCAUUUCAGAUGCUGCAUGUUGGAAUAGCUGUAUAAUAGGUUCAGUCCCACAAAGGAUGAGGGAUUCCAUUUCACUUUCUUGUCUUUUUCUCUUUUAUACAAAACUUAUUUUUCAUGUGUGCUGUUUUAGAUUUUGACAUGUUACCAAUUUGUGUUGUACUUAGUAUUUUAUUUAUGUUGCUGAGGACUGACACUAACUAUAGUACCCUGAAAUCAGCAAAGUUCUCAGUGACAAUCAUUAUGCACUUUAUUUUCCAACAUAAAACUGCUAUCCUAAUAACUGGCUUCCAUUAAAUUAAUCUGAAGAUUAAGGUUGUGAGUGGCAGUGGUAGUGUUUGCUGUAAAUUCACUUGAGUGAAUGUGUCAGUAAGUAUUGGAUUUUUUUUUUCUACAAAGAAGGAUUAAGUUCUUCUUUUGCAAAGAGAAGGAAACAACAUGGGAGGAAAUGGAAUUGAUACAGGCAGUGCAUCCUGUCAUAGGCAGGAUACAGUCUGAUGAGAAAGGUGAAAGAAGUUGCUUUUCAGACCUUUUGACUUUAACAAAAGUUUGGUCAGUGUAUAAAAGAUGCAUUCCAGAAAACCAGUGUCCAAGUCAGUGACCUUUUUGGAAAUAACUUGAAGCUGCUGGCUAGGAAUUAGGUCAUUUACAUAUGCACUGAAACAGGGACUUACAGAAGAGACCUUAGGGAGCUUCAAAUAAGCUUUGGCCUUUGCUUGCCCUGGAGUUGAAUUUCCCUGCUUUCUCAGGUAAGACUCAAAGUGGAACCAGCAGCAGCCAGGACUAAAUAAGAAUUUCAAAAGGGCAUAUGAUUUGGGAACAUCAUUUCCAAGGCUGCACUGCUGGGUUACAGCAGCAGACUUGAUGGCAUGUUUUGCUCCAUAAAGAUGCUGAUGUCACUGUGGGAUUUGGAUGUGCAUGCCUUUCAAGACAGUGCUAUUGAUGGAUCACAACUACUCCUAUCUACAGGUAUAAAUAUUAAAAGCAAAUGCCAUGACUUAAAAUUAUUUUUUCAUAUUUCUGUUGGGUUUUUGCUUGUUUCUUUUCCCCUGUAUGUCCAGUAUUUGACACUUUAACUAGGUGUGGAUAAAAAGUUGUAUUUAUUCUCUGUUAGCAAAUAUGCUGAGAUACCUAGGCUAUGCUUUCCACUUAAACACUGGGCAAACAACAGGGCUUGUAUCUUGCCUAACCAUUGCUGUGUUGGGCUUUUUAAUGGAAAAGGAUCAGGUAUCUUGGUAUACAGCAAAAGUGGCAAGGGAAAUCUGGUUUUGCCAUGUUGUUUGUGAUGGACACUAGUGAAAUAAAAAUUGAUAUUGUGAGUUACAGGGGUCAGUUCAGUUUGCUAAUGCUGCGGUUCUCAGUGUUUACUGGAAGGUCAGUGUUUCAGUAGUUUGCUAAUGUUUACUUCUCAGCUAUGAAGACACAUGCUUAUUGUAAUUCUCUGAAUCCACAGGUUAACUUCUGGUGCUAUGGUGUCAUUAAAAUCAACUAGUGCUGUUUUAAAGUGACUCUUAUGGCCACCCUACCAGGUAAAAUAAUUUAGUUUUUGUAAAGCUUUGGUUGCUUGUCUACUUCAGGUUCUGAGCUGAAAUCUACCACUACUCAGGAGUUUGGUAUGAGGCCAGUAUCUGCUUGAGACCUUAAAAUAGCCUUUAUGUAGAACAUAAAUGGUGUAUUGGACUUGUACCAGCCAUCUGCCCUGUGGUGAAGUUCACCUUGGAAGACUAAAGCUUGCCUCUGUGUACAGAGUAGCCAUCAUCUCUUUUUCACUAUCCCAGAAAAAGUUCUAGGACACUAACUUCUCAAAAGAGCUAUCACUGCAGUCAGGCUGACAUUUGACUGUGCCUUCCAUACAUGGUAACAUUUAAGAAAAAACCCCAAACAACUGAGGUGGUAGGUUCUUAAUGGGCUCACUCUCUCGCUGAAUCUAGUUACAGCACAUUUGUAGCAUAACCAUAUUCAUAAUUAGAGCACAAUUGUGCUUGGGUAUUGAAAGUGGUACAGGUGCAUUAAUAUAUCACAACAUCUAAUAAUUGUGCAAAGAAGUGUGUAGUCCACAUGAUCAUACCCUUGCCAUCUGAAAGUUUUGAACUUGGCUUUAAAUCUGUCAUGCUUGGGGAUCUGCAGUUCAUAGGACUUGGCUCUUUGACUGUCAACAUGUUACAUAAAAAGAAAUUUCAUGUAAGCCUUUAAAGGGAUGUUCUUUGGGUUUUGAGAGAUAAGUUAUUUCAGUCUGUGAAACAGUUGUUGGACCUUACACUCAAGAGGCAGUGGUUAGGUGUAAUCUCUUCCAUGGCAGAAUGCUUUAUUUGCAUUCUCAGGACCUGGGAGAAACUAGACUACUUGCUGGAUAAAAAUGUUUCACUUACAGAAGACACUGAGGGAGCACAGAUAUUUUGCCAUUUUGUAUUGUCACUUUUGCUGCAGAGUCAAAAAGAGGAGAGACAACUUGAAUUUUGGAGGUGUCAAAGGGGGAAAACUUGGUGAAAGUUAAUUUUUCAUGGAAGCCCUAGAUGUUUAUUGACAUUUCCUUUGUUACUAGGACUUGAGAAUGCAAACACAAACACAAAGGCAGCAUUUCAACUAAUGCCUGGAUCAACUGUUGUCCUUAUUAACUUGUAACCUGUAUAUCCAAAGGUGGUUUUAUGAAGGUACAGCAAAGCAUGUACCGACAUAUGAUCAGCUUUAUCUUUUUGAGGGAAACUGUGAAAUACAAAACCUUUUUUUUCUGAUGUUUUGAAAAGUAUCUUGCAUGUGUAGAAGAUGAGUUGCCUAAAUAUAGAGAAAUCAAAGAAUGGUGAAGUUUUGGAUUAGUUUUUAUAGGGUAAAAUGCUAUUAGUUUGUAUAUACAGAAAAUAUUUUCAUCCUGACCAUUCAAAUGCAUACAGGAAAAGAUGUAAUGAGGGAGGGAUACAGUGGAAAAAUAAGGAAUAAAGCUGGAUGUAUACUUAAAAAUGGCUUCUUUCAGUCCUGUUUUGAGCUCUCAAAGAAUCAUGAUUUGGUAAUAUCAUAGUUAAAAUGGCUUAACAUUUACUCACCUUUGUCUAGAUACGUUUUCUUAAUCUAGGUAUGUAAUAUUCUUUUAUCUGGAUAGGGAUGCACAGCUCCCUUUGGAGAUGAUGGAAAUUUCAUAAAGGAAUUGGAAGGCCUAAAAUAUGAAAACCUAUGUCUGAAAAUUUCCUGUGUUAAUAUUGUAUUCUUUCAACAUUUUCCUUUGAACAGGCUUCAUAUUCAACAGAAGAAUGUACUUUGUACAAUAAAAGUUUGUCCCUUGUGUUUUGUGCUGGGCUGAUACUCCAGUUGUAAUGGGAGAGGUAACUAAUGGUUAUUUGCCAGGCAAUGUUGUCAGCUCUGCCAUGAGUACAGUUUAAAUGCUUCUUUUAUUUGCUUCAGAAAAAUCACCUAAAUACAGCUCAGACUAUUUAAACUGCACCACACAGGUAGUUUUGCCCCAGAUGAGAUAGCUGGCCCAUGCAAGCCUAUUUUCAGCUAGUCUGUGGCAGAAAUUAGUCUUUUGUCUGUUUCUCUGAAGGUAGGGACAAGUGGUUUUAUACCAUAAAGCAAGAAGCCAUUAAGACGGCAAAUUUUAUUUUGCUGCUUCUAAACCACAAAUAUCCUUCAGCCAAUACUUGAGAAAGUCCUUGUAAAACUAAACUGCAGAAGCCUAACAACUGUUGAUAGUUAAGUUUCUUAAACAACCAUAGAUUCUACUAUUUGCAUGCAGCAGUUUAAAUAAUGCACUUAGCAGCCAGUCUGUAUAUAAAAAAAAGUUGGUUUUUUUCUGAAUAAUGUUUGUAUUUGAGCUUGCAAAUUGUUCUUGUUUUUUAUGAAUUUGUAUAUAUUGUCUGAAGAAUUCCAAUCUUAAUUUCUACUUGUAGCAGGUCAUUUGAUGAACAAAAAAGGAAUAUGCAUUCCUUUGAGACUACCUGGGUAAUUUUUACUGGACUUGAUGUUCUAUUGUGUCUCACACAGAUUUGCUUUUUCCUGUGAGGAUAGAAUUGUAGCAUUGAAUGGAGACUGACUGAAUGACAAUAAAAUGUAAAAACUGGUCAGUUCCUCUGAUAGUGGAAAAGACACUUUUUUUCCCCCUGUUGUAUUAACUUUCCCCCCCCUUGAGGACUGUGCCACCUGAGUAAGUAUGCAUCAAGUAUUCAUGAAGUCUUUCAAAGUAUCUUUUUUUUCAUAGUUACACUUUUUCCCCCCAGAUUGAUUUUUAUAGGACUAGGUUACUGAGAAACACUUGCUUUCUAUAUGCCUCCUGAAAAGCUGGGACUUUCUGUCUGUUUUUAGUUGUUUUCUUUAUGUCAGUAAUGGGAAAAGCACAUGAUCCUUUUCUUGCAAAAACAUAGAAUAGUAUUUAUCAGGAAAGGUGCUUUAUCUCUUGGAAAGUGCCACACCAAAUUUUUCUGUAUAAGAGCUCUCAGUAAGAAUCUUCUUUUUUGGCUUCAUUACAUUUAUAAAUAUAUGGGCUAAAUUCACUUGUAGCAUAAUUCUACAGAACUAAAUUUUGUUGAGUCUUUGACAGUAGUAUUCUACCUCUAAACUAAAAUUUGAGAAAAAAAGAACAAUUGGGCAUUGAUUUGUCUUUCUACUUCUUGCUGUUUUGUGUGAAGAAUGGCGGGUGGUUGAAUUGGUACCGUUCAUAUAUUUUCUAUAAGUGUUUACAUUUCUGGAUUUAUUGUUUCUUAAGUAUUUUGUUUGUAUCUCUGAGUUUUGAAUUUUAAAUAAAUGAUUUGUACAUUUAUUGAAAA